AUGAUUGGAAUGUUGGUUCGGCGUUCUGCCAGCCUUUCACGGUACGUUUUUACAAUUAUUGCUUUGAUUUUUAGGUUACACUUACUAUUGCUGAUUUGGUUUUGGGCUUUAUGUCAUGUGUUAGUUAAUUUAUUCUUUCUAAAUGUCUAUAUUUUUGGAUAUAGGCAUUUAGAAAGAGUAGGGUUGGCUAAAAUUAUUGUGACUUUAAAAAGGCUUUGAAUAGAAAAAUGAUUUUUUUGAGUUAGUUGAGGAAAUCAACAGUUUAUAUUUCUCUAUAGUUGCUUUCAGGGCCGGGCGCGAGGGGGGAGGGGGGACGGGGGGGAAGGUACCCCCCCCAGAAAAAAAAUUUUUCGCAAAAAAUCGGGACAGGUAGAGCUACCUGUGCCGAUUUUUUAGCCUCCUGCCCCCAGACUAAAAGUCCCCGCCCGGCCCUGGUUGCUUUUUUAACUCUUUGAAGGAAGAAGUUAUUAUGUAACGAAAAGAUUGUUAGUAUUCUUCUUUAGAUACGAUAAUAUACAUUUUUACUGAGAAAAAGUUAAUUUAACUUUUACAUAAAAAUUUAUGUUUAGAUUCCAUCGGGUACAUACAAAGUUCAAGAUAGAUAGACGUGUCGUUAUUAUAGACUCGAGAAGGUAUUUUAAUGACAGAAGUAAAGUGGAAGAGACUUUAAAAAUGUUAAAGGAAGAUCUGGAACGUCAACAGAAAGAGGAAACAGAGAGGAAGAAAGAGGUAUGCAUUUUAAUUUUAAUGUUUUUAUAAUUUAGGCAUUAAUAUGGCCAUGGAUAAUAUUGUGAUGAGCAUAAGAUAUGGUUUUUUGGGCGAUAUGAGUUGGGCAAAUCUUUUAUAGUGCGUUAAGAAUGUAGUAGUUACUAAAAAUUUAAUUUUAAAGAAUUUUCAGUUUCUAAGCUUUAAAACAAUACUCAAUUUUUUUUCAGAACAAAGCAUUGGUUCAAAAACUCCCCUUAAAAACAAGAAUCAUACACGAACUGAAACACUACUACCACGGAUUCAGGUUGUUGGUACUAGAAACUCGACUAUCUUCUAAAUACCUCUUUCGACUAGCUCGAGGCGAAACCUUAACGCGGAGGGAAAGGCAACAGAUGGUUAGGACAGUAUCCGAUCUGUUUAGGUUGAUUCCAUUCUCUUUUUUCAUUAUCGUGCCUUUUAUGGAGCUGGCUUUGCCGUUCUUUAUCAAGUUGUUCCCCAGCAUGCUUCCUUCAACUUUUCAGGAACAGUCUAAAGAGGUAGGCUUUUUAAACUUUUUUUUUUGAUUUUUAGACAAAGUUUGAGUUGAAAAUGAAGAGUUUGUGACAUUUCUCAUUAGAAAUGAGGAUUUUAUGAUAUUUUACAUUAUAAAUGAGGUGUUUGUGGUAUAUUGCAAUAAAAAUGAGGAGUUUUGAAUCCUAACAUGAUCUCUUCAAAAUUUUAACUGCUCAUGCUACUUUCAGAGAGAAAAGAUACGAAAACAGUUGAAAAUCCGCGUAGAAAUGGCCAAGUUCCUACAAGAUACUCUAGAAGAGAUUGCCUUGGAAAGGAAAAAGAAGGGCAGUGAUGCAGAUGAACAGUCAAAAGCCUACGAAUUCUCUCAGUUCUUGAAGAAAGUACGAGAAGAACGAUCGGUGGUAUCGAACGAAGAGCUUUUCAAAUACGCCAAGUUGUUCGAGGACGAAUUGACAUUGGACAGUUUGUCAAUGGGGCAGUUGAGGGCGUUGUGCAGAAUGUUGGGGGUUCAGCCAUUGGGAACGCCCGAGAUCUUGAGGUUUCAGUUGAUGUUGAAGCUGAGGGAUCUGAAGGCUGAUGAUAGGGUAGGGCUUUUUUCAUUUUGUUAUGGAAAGAAGGGUUAGGUACUUUUAGAAAGAGAAGGGGGGGGUUAGGAGGAUAAAGUUUUUUGGCGUGUGAUUCAAAUUUGGUGAUUAAAAAUGCUAAUUUCAGUUAAUAACGGCCGAAGGCGGCGUGGACGCUUUAUCAGUGUCAGACCUUCAGCAGGCUUGUCGUCAACGAGGCAUGAGAGCUAUUGGUGUGUCAGAAGAACGACUUCGAUCACAGGUAAAAUUUUAAUGUUUUUUGGUUUUUUUUUUGCCACAAAACAUAAUAAAAGAUAUAUUUGUUUAGAAAAAUGGGGAUUUUUUAAUUUUAUGUUAAAAACGAGAAUUUUUCAAAAAUUUCGAAAAAUGAAUUUUAUGAUUUUAUCAAAUUUUUUUAAUUAUAGCUCCGUCAAUGGCUAGAACUCUCUCAAAACGACAAAAUGCCCCCAUCGAUGUUGUUGCUAAGUCGAGCCCUCUUCCUACCCGAAGACAUUUCCUUCUCCGGUCGUCUGAAAGUGAUCGUCCAACAAUUACCGGUCGAAUUAGGCGAGCAAACCAAGCAAAAACUUACAGAAUUGGAAGGCGGAACAGUAGACCCGAAAGAACGUUUGGCUUUGAUCAAAACAAUUGAAGAAGGCCUGAAAUUGGAGAGAGAACAAGCCAAAGCAGAAGCAGAUCAAAAGAAAAAGAAGGCAGAGGAUCAGAAACUGAUGGAACAGGUGAAGAUUGAAGCCGAAAGGGCAAAGUUGGAAGAGGACGACCGGAAACUCAAGGAGAUUUUGGAGGUCGAAAAGCCGGCCGAAGAAAAACCGAAGUUCUUGGAUGAGGUGGUGCUUCAGAAGGCUCAUGAUACCGUGCAGAAACUUCAUGUAAGGAUUAACUUUGAUAUUGUUUUAUUGAUAUAUUACAAUUAAGUUUUUAAUUUACAUAUUAGGUUGUUCAAAAAGUAAUGAGCCACUAAAUUGCGUCACUUUUUUGGCACUAAAAAGUAAUAGUUUACUGAUUGCUGAGCCAAAAUCUUAGGAUAACGUAGCUUUUUUUAACUUUAUAUCCAAUAUAAUUUCAGGAAGAGGUAGGAAAACUGAAUGAAAUGGUAAACGACGAUCUCGAGACGAUAAAGAAGGCGAAGCAAGCGAAGAAACCUCAAGGAUUGGAAGCGGUCGAAGACAUGCUUCACGGCUCUUCUCCAAUCAACGACGCUCGUCACGAUAUCAGCGAACUCAAGGAGAAGGUCAUCGAACACACCGAAGACCUGAUCGAAGUCAACACUUUGGCCGACGAUUACGCCGAAACCAAAGUGGCAAAGCGCCUAAGAGCCAGGGUGAAUUCUAUGAUUGCUGGUGUGGACACACUAGUGGCCAAGCUGGAAUCAGAACGACGACAGCUCAGAGAUAAGGCUGAUAGAGAGACAGGCGCUGAAGAUAUGCUACAGGAGCGGAAAGUGGAGCAGAAAGAGGUAAAAGCGGACGAAGAGGAGUAAGGAGAUUUUGAAUUUGAUUUUUUUUUAAAAUUUUGUUUUAAAUGGCAAAAUCUUGUCGUUUUUGAUGGGAGGAACACUUUAUUUUGACAACAAGACUUUGUUUACAAGAUUUUAAUUUUUAUACUUAAUAGAAAAUGGAACCAGACCAUAUACUAGGCUAAUAACCUCAUCUUUUCAGGGAAAAAAGUAAGAAAUCCAAGGGCCCAAAACCACCCCCAACCCCACCACCAACCUCAUCCUCACCACCACCCCCAACUCCACCACCAUCGUCGAGGACCGAAAAACGUUCCCAAGCCGAAGUCAGCAGUACCGGUUAG